AUGUCGGUUGUGAACGUGUACGCGACAUCGGCCACCACCGAGAACUUGUCUCGACAUGAGAUGUUGAUGUGGGUGAAUGACUGUCUGCAGUCGAAUUUCGGUAAGAUCGAAGAUAUGCACACUGGUGCGGCGUACUGUCAGUUCACCGAUUUCCUAUUUCCUGGAUCAAUUCAAUUGAGACGAGUGAAAUGGAACAGCAAUUUGGAGUUGGAUUGGUUGAGUAAUUGGAAAUUGCUGCAGACUUCUUGGAAGACACUUGGUGUGGAUAAGAUUGUACCUGUCGAGCGACUUAUCAAAGGCAAAUUUCAGGACAACUUUGAAUUUUUGCAAUGGUUCAAGAAAUUUUUUGAUGCGAAUUUCGAUGGACACGAGUACAAUCCACUGGAUGCGCGUGGUGGAGAGCCGUUACCAUCUGAUGCCAAAGCAGGUCCACAGUCCAGAAUGCCCGCGCGUGUUAAACAGCCAGUUCGGUCAACGUCGAACGCAUCUGUUGGUAGAGAGCCACGUUCGCGUGCCCAGCCACCUGCCUCCAGUCGAACCACACCCGCACGUUCCACGCAAGCAUCUGUUCCACCUGCAUCGACCGGCUCGAAUGUUUCUGCUCGAACCCAUAAUACGGCAAGUUCCCAACCUCCUGCUGCUAGUGCUACUGUUACGACUGCUCCAACUGCACCGUUGCAUUCUGCCGCAGACCUACAGGAGAUAUCCAAUUUGAAGCAUGACCUAGAAGACGCUAAACAACAACUCAUUGACAGUGAUAACGUCAUCGUGAGCUUAGAAAAGGAAAGAGAUUUUUAUUUUUCUAAACUACGACGAAUCGAGUUGCUCUGUCAAGAUAACGAACAAAUCGGUACAGUGGAAGUCCCAAGAGUCUGUAAUAUUCUCUACGAAACAGAAGAGGGUUUCGCACCGCCAGAUGAGAAUGACGUGGAGAAUGGUGAAGGUGAAGAAAUUUAUUGA